AGGAGUAAAGACAACGGCGGCAAGUCUUCACACUGGAGAUAUUCCCCCCCCUCAAUUGGCGUUUAAUUGACAGAAGCUUGAUGUAAAGGAUCAAGGGGAUAAAGCCUCUUCUUUUCCAUUCUUUCACCUUCACAGUGCACCUUUCCACUUUGUCACUUUUUCCUUUUUUUUUCUUCUGUAUGCGUUUCUGGGAUACGUUUGGCAUAAAGCACUGUUAUCACUUGUGCACCCUUUUUCACAAAACAGCACUAAAGUUCUUUUUUUUCCCUCUCGUGGAACUUCAAAUAUACAGUUAAUUAAAAGAAAAAAGCAGGGAAGGAUUUUUUUUUUUUUUGACGGAAAGUACCGAGAAGUCGCGAUGAGUAAUAUCAAGUCUGACGCUGAGCCAAGCAACAGCGUUGAAGAAGAGGUACGGACACUCUUUGUCAGUGGUCUUCCAGUUGAUAUCAAACCCAGGGAGCUCUACCUGCUUUUCAGACCAUUUAAGGGCUAUGAAGGUUCGCUAAUCAAAUUAACAUCAAAACAGCCUGUUGGUUUUGUUACCUUUGACAGUCGGUCUGGAGCAGAAGCAGCCAAAAAUGCAUUAAAUGGUAUCCGUUUUGAUCCAGAGAAUCCACAGACUCUACGGUUAGAAUUUGCAAAAGCAAACACAAAGAUGGCAAAGAGUAAACUGAUGGCUACACCAAACCCCACUAAUCUUCACCCAGCUUUAGGAGCACACUUCAUUGCACGGGACCCAUAUGACCUGACAGGUGCAGCAUUGAUUCCUGCCUCUCCGGACUCGUGGGCUCCUUAUCCACUGUACGCCACAGAGCUGACCCCUGGCAUCCCUCAUGCAGCAUUCACCUACCCGGCUGCGGCGGCAGCAGCUGCUGCACUUCAUGCUCAGAUGCGCUGGUACCCUUCAACAGAAGCUGCCCAGCAGGGCUGGAAGUCCCGUCAGUUUUGCUGAAGCACGUUUUGUAAAGGUUUAAUACCUGAAGAUUUACUGUUCUUCCCUCUGCCCCAACAUCUGCCAAUAUUUCAGUUCUAAGUUUAAAAAAAAAUGUAAAGGUACUUUUUUUUUUUUUUCCCCUCUUCCUCCUACCCAUCACCAUUUCAUGGACGUUGCACAGAAAAGUUCAUGUGGGAGUCAAGUGGCAUCUCACGGAAGCCUUUCUGCCAGAAACAGACAGCCCCUUAUCCGAUUUACACGAGCUCUCUGAACGGUGCAUGUUGAACCUCAUGGCUCGAUGACGGAGUUUUGUGAAUUGUUGUUGUCUUGUGUUGCCUAGCAACCGAACAUGGCCUAGUUGUCAGUUUUGACUGCUGGCUCCGCGUUCUUUGCUUGUGUUCAGUUCUUGGGCUUGAAUUGUUUGUGUUGUAAGACCCAUGUCUGCUCCAUCAAACGCAACUGUGGAAUUUUAAUUUUUUUUUUUUUUUUUGCUCAUUCACUAGUGUGGGGUCAGAAGGGGAGAUGACGUAUGCACUGAUGGAAUUUUAUCUUGAUGGUAGAAGCCAAUACCCCCCUCUUCCCACCCACGUAAUUACCAUGGCUUCUACCCAAGUUCCUGUUUAAUUUUGUGAUGAAGUGGUGAAGUUUAUCAAUGGAACAUGUAUGAGAAUUUGUACUGUUAA